AUAGAUAUGAGCUCCAAUUUAGAACAUGUGCUCGAUAAAAUACGAGCAGAACACAUGUAACAUAUUUACAACGAGCAUCAUACAUGUAGCAUGUGGGUUUAAAGAUUACUUCAUUAGUUCAUUGUACAUUUCCCCUAUGCCUUCCCCAACGUCCGGUAUGGAAAGAACGGAUUUGAGCAAGUCAAAAAACACCUUUUUAGUUAAAAAAAAAAAAAAAACAACUUUUACGGGUUUGGACGAUAUUUGAUGUUAAAGCCCGGCCUGAAUUUUGAUAACUCUACAGAAGCCUCAACCUCAAACGCCCAUAAUUUUUUUUAAUAAAAUACAUCGAAAAACUUAAGAAAAAAAAAAAAGGCAAAAAGUGUGAUGAAAUCUCCGGUAACCGGAAAAUGGAGAAAAGCCGAAUAUUAAUAAUUGGAGCAACCGGAAAAUUGGGUUAUCACAUCGCACAAGCUAGUAUUGAUGCAUCCCACCCUACAUUUGCUCUUAUCAGAGAAACAGCAUUUUCCGACCCUCUUAAAUCUCAGAAGCUCCACAUUCUUUCAGAUGCUGGUGCCCUUCUUUUAAAGGGUUGUUUGGAAGAUGAGGAGAGUUUACUUGAAGCAGUGAAAAAAGUGGAUGUUGUAAUUUGUGCUAUUCCAUCUAAGCAAGUUCUUGCUCAGAAGAGUUUGAUUCGUGCUAUUAGACUUGCUGGUUGUAUAAAGAGAUUCAUUCCUUCGGAAUUUGGAUCAGAUCCAGACAUGGUGCAAAUAUCUGGCAUGGACCACAAUUUUUAUUCAAGAAAAGCUGAAAUAAGGCGGCUUGUGGAAGCUGAAGAGAUUCCAUACACAUACAUCUGUUGCAACUUCUUCAUGAGCUAUUUACUCCCGUCUUUGGUUCAACCUGGGAUUAAAGCUCUUUCAAGGGACAAAGUUACAAUCUUUGGAGAUGGAAAUGUCAAAGGUGUGUUCGUGAAAGAAAUUGAUGUUGCUGCCUUCACAAUUAGUGCAGUGGAUGAUCCACGUACCUUGAAUAAGGCGAUGUAUUUGAGACCACAAGGUAACGUUUACUUCGUGAACGAACUGGUCGAUGUUUGGGAAAGGAAGAUUGGGAAAGAAUUAGAGAAAGCAUAUGUUUCAGAAGAAGAGCUCCUUACCAAAAUCAAAGAAACCCAAUAUCCUAACAACAUGGAGCUUAUCUUCAUAUACUCUGCUUUUGUGAAGGGGGAUCAGACGUACUUUGAUAUCGAGGCAUCUGGUGGCGUGGAAGGAACUAAGUUAUACCCUCACCUUUACACUACAAUAAGCCAGUAUUUGGACACCCUUCUGUGAAACUUAGUGUAUAUCAAUUAUACUGGUUAUUUUAAGGUUGAGCAUUACCGUAUCAUAUAGGUAGAAUUUGGAGGCCCAGUGACGAAUUGAGUUACUGUAACAGUACGUUGAAAAUGAUACUCAUGCCUUUGCCUAAACACUUAACAGUUGUCGUCAAGGCUUCCUGAUACUCUUUUUUUUUUUCUUCUUCUUCCUUACAUGCACCCAUACGGAGAAUAUUUUAGAAUGUGGAUUGGUGACCGUGCAGUUAUAUAAAAAUGUACAUGUGAUAAAUUGAAUUUGGAGUUAUAUUAAAAGGUACAUGAGACUAAUUGAACCUGGGUGUGACCGUCAGAUGUACCUUGAACUAGUAGGUUCACACCUCUGUGGGUAAUAGACAACCGUUUUUAGAAAUAUUUUGGAGGAAAAGAGGUUAAAUUUUGUGAAACUAAUCAGGUCCUAGUUUUAAUAUAAUACUAUAAUAAUAAAAAUAAAUAAAUAAAUAAAAAUAAAAAUAAAUAAAUUGGAAGCCAUAUUUUAAUUUAAUUUG